AUGGGCCAUCGCCGCUUCUUGAAUCAAGGCCAUAAAUAUAGAGUAGACCGGAAAAGAUUUGACAGACAAGUUGAAAGCAGAGAUCCACCGAUGAAGUAUUAUGGAACAGAUGUCUUAAGGCAGCAGUCUAACUUGCAAGUAUCGUUUGGGAAUAUCUCAACUCUGACAGCCAAAAGAAGACGUGUUAGUGAAGAUGCAGAUCAAGAUGACUCGGUUUGGAAAAAGAGGAGUGUGUUCUUUGAACUCCCGUACUGGAAGGAUCACAUGCUGCGUCAUAACCUUGACGUGAUGCACAUAGAAAAGAACAUUUGUGACAAUGUAGUCUACACUAUUUUAAACGACAUCGUCAAAUCAAAAGAUAAUCUUAAAGCUCGCAAAGAUUUACAAAGCAUGGGCAUAAGGCCUGAAUUGUGCCCGGACGAAGGUGGUAAAUAUUCUUCAGCAAUCUUUACAAUGUCGAAUCCACAGAAGAAUGUAUUCCUGAAGACUCUACAGAACAUGGUCUUUUCAGAUGGUUACUCGAGCAAUAUUGCUCGUUGUGUUGACAUCCGACAGCGCAAGUUGUAUGGGUUGAAGAGUCACGACUGUCACAUUCUAAUGGAACAAUUACUUCCAAUUUUGGUGAAGAAUGCAUUACCAAGUCCGAUGAAAAUGAUAUUUCCUCCAUCUUUCUUCACUGUCAUGGUUCACCUUAUGGUGCACCUCAUUGAUGAACUAAAACUUGGUGGUCCGGUACAUUAUCGGUACUUGGGACGAUUGAAGCAAUACGUGCGUAACAGGGCACAAGAUGAAGGCUCAAUUGCGGAGGGCUAUUUAUCCGAGAAGAUUUUGACAUUUUACUCAAGAUAUUUGGAUAAUACUGAGACUAGAAUCAACCGUCCAGCGGGCUGUAUCACAUUUUGCACUGAACCCAAUGGAAAAAGAUCAGGCAUAUCGUCAUGUGCUAGUCAAUUGCAAGAAUUUCCUCGCCGGUUCAAGCGUGAGGUUCCAAUGGACAGUACCGUACAUUCGAAAGAAAUGAAGUUGCUGGCAUGUGGUCCCAUGCUUCAGGCAAGACAGUUUGGGGCAUACAACGUCAAUGAGUAUAAGUUUAGAGCUAUCACAAAGGAAGACGGGCUGAAAACACAAAAUAAUGGAGUUUAUGUCUCAUCCAAUACAAGAAGUUAUACCAGCAUGCGUGACAACAGAGUGGCUGCUGAUACAACUACGAGCAGAGGAAUCAAAGAAGACCAUCUGGGCUUUACGAGCGUUAAUUUUGCUCGUCCGAUUCACACCGGUGAUCGAAAAGAGGAUGAACCAUACAUAUUGGCAUCAGAAGCUCAACUCGUGUACUAUGAAGUAGAUCAAGAAUGGAGUGUAGUGGUUCAUGUAAAACCACGAAACUUGUAUGACAUGGGAGGAGAGAAUGAGGAUGUUGAAGCUACUUUUUCUCCUCAGCCCGGGUUGAACAUAUCAGCAGCAGGUGACAUCAGUGAUUUACAGUUGACAAUGGAAGAUGAUAUAGAAGACCCAGUAGCAGAUGUUUCUGAUAACAUAGAUUAUGUGGCAUAG